CAAAAGAAGAGGAAGAAGAGGGCCCGCGGGUUGCCUCCUUCCUCCGCUUCCCGCCGUGGUCAUGUGACGGACUGGGGUCUGAUUGUGUCACGGUGUGGCCUCGUGAGGGGCGUCAUACGGCUGUGAGGAAUGUGCUUAGAGUACAUUAGUCUUUUGUCGUUUGUUGAAUCAGUAUUGCGCAUGUGAGGCCACCAGGAAACGUGUGGGUGUGAGGAGGCGCGCUUUAGUGAGGGAACAUUAUUAUAACAAAGAUAUAUGUUGACUCAUCCGCUUAUUUGCUGACUUUGGCUGGUUGUAGUCUCCUGAGCUGGGAUUGUGGAGUCCAGACUAUCCUGAUCACUGCGAUGAGGCCGUAGUGUGUUUAUAUGACUGGAGGAGAAGAUUAGUUUGAAGGCUGUCCACCCCGAGCCGCAAAAUCAGCUGGUGGAGGUAAACAAACUCAGCUGACAAGUCGACGUGCCACUCGCCUCAGAAACAACCCAGUGGUCAGUCGACUUCUGGGUAGUAUGCCAAAUGCCUGUAUAGCUGGAGUUGGGGUUCAAGGGCUAUGCAGGUACCAACGAUGCCAAAUACUUCUGUGGAGUGAGUCCCUAACACCAUAGGCCAAACCAAUCUGCUGUAAACCUUUUUGAUGAGACCCACUUUUGUUCUGCACUACACUAUCAAGGUCCUGCUGGGAUAAACUUGUGCAAAUCUGCUGCCUUUUCUCCCCUUACUGGACACAAAGUCGUCAAAAUGGCUAGGGACGAUGAAAUGGAAGCCAUUCUUUCAGAGGAUCCCCCUGAAGGACCCCAUAUGGUGGCCAGUCUGGAGGUGAAGGUCUACAAGCGAAGGUGGUGGAUCCUCUUCCUCUUUGCUGGGAUGGGAUUCAUGCAGUGUGCUGUGUGGAAUACGUGGGGCCCCAUCACGGCCUCAGUGAAGCUGGCGUAUCCUAACUGGGAUGAUGCAGAGAUUGCACUUCUGUCCAUGUGGGGUACCAUCACCAUGAUCACAGGCAUCGUACCCAUGACUGUGCUCUUGCAGGCCAAGGGCAUUCGUGUGGCCCUCCUGCUCACCGCCUUCUUCAUGUCCUUGGGUACAACAGUGAGAUGCUUCACCAUAGAGGAACAAGCAUUCACUGUUUUGGCCCACAUAGGAGCUGUGCUAAAUGGCUUUUCAGGCAUCAUCAUUGGGGCUGCCCCUUCCCUCAUCUCGUCCAGGUGGUUUCCUCACAAUGAACGCACCACAGCCACAGGUAUUGGCUGCACUUUUAAUCAGCUGGGGAAUGCAGGUGGUUUCUUCCUUGGGCCCCUGAUGGUCCACAUACCAGGAAACCAUAGUAAUUACUCAAGGAAUGGAACCUAUGACCUCACUCCAGAUGAGAUUAACAUGCUGAGGAAAAGCAUUCGAGACUACAUGUGGAUCAGUUUUGGCCUCUGCGCAGCGCUGUUCAUUGGGGUGAUUACAUACUUCCCUGAGAAGCCGAGGAAGCCGCCCUCCCUCACCUCCUUCAUCCAUGAACAGCCAUCGUCCUUCACUGAGGAUAUCAAGAGGCUGCUUAGUAACAAGAAUGUCUGGCUCUUGGUCAUACCAUACAGCAUCACCCUAGGCAUUAACGUGGCAUGGUCCAGCGUGCUUGACAUCAACUUGGCGCCUUUUGGCAUUACUCAGGACGAGGCUAGCUGGAUGGGGGUGUAUGUGACGAUGGGCGGCGUGUUCAUGGCCAUCCUCGCCUCCCGUAUCUCGGACAUUCUCUUCGGCUACAUGAAACUGACAAUAAUUAGCCUCAUGGUGGUGGCAACAGCAGGCUAUACAUGGUUCCUCCUUCUCAUGAAUGAGUGCCUCCCAUUCAGCAAAGUCCAGCUGUUCAUCAGUGUCAUCAUCGGGGCAUCGUUCAACUAUGCCUGCUCGCCUCUCUUCUUUGAAUUGGCGGUGGAGCUUGCCUUCCCUGUGCCUGAAGGGGUUGUUGGGGCCUUCUUGACCAUCUGCUGGAAUGUGGUAGCUGCUGUCUUCCUCUUCGUCAUGCAGACACCCCUUGCCAAGAAGACUGUACUGUGGAUGGAUUACCUGCUUGCUAUUCAGGGACUAGUGGUGGUGAUGAUGAUGAUUCUAGUGAAGGAGGAGUAUCGUCGCACCUUAGUUGACAAGGCCCCAGCAGAAGAGCAGGAGGCAGUGGUGGCAGCAGUGGUGGCACCCCCAUCACCCAGCCCCCCAAGAGACCAGUCACACCAACCACUUGUACUCUAGCUCACACCAGCCAAUUUUAGCCUAGCAUAUUAGUGUAGACUGGUGACUUAUUGAUGUGUUCAUGCAUGUGUUCAUGUGUGUUCAUGUGUGUGUGUGUGUGUGUGUGUGUGUGUGUGUGUGUUCAUGCAUGCAUGAAUGUGUGGGUGGGGUAGUGUUUUGAAAGAUGUGCAAUUAAAUUGGAUAUAAGUUUUUGUAGUGUGGACCAAGGUUUUCCUAUUGCUGCAGAGUGUAAUGCAAAAGUUGGCCAAGGUUGUAUUAUUAUUUUUAGGAACUGAUUAGUAGAAAGAUGAGCAUGGCUAGAAAGUUGUCUCUGAGUGUUAUGUGUGUUUCGUGGUGAGGGUGAUGACUUAGUUGUAGUAGUUUUUGACAAUGUUGUUCAUUCAUAGACAUCUGUAUAGUUAAUUGUGUGACAAUGUUUUUUUCAUGUAUUUAAAAAUUUUAUCGUUCAGAAUUAUUUUAGUAUGAAUAUUGAAGAAUAUCUAGGCAUAUAAUAAAGAAGUAUUUUUAUGCAUUAUUAGAGGAAUAAGUGUGAAUGUGCCCAUGAUAAUAUGUUAGGUUGGAGUUUCACCUUUCAAAGCAAGUUGAACACAUGCUAUAAUGUGUGUUGUAGAUCCACACCUUAUACAUUAAUUGUCAACAAUUUCUCAUAUGCAUUGCUCCAGCACCUCUUCAUUGAUAACCUUAUCAAUAUUUUGUAAAUAGGAAUUUUAAAAUUUUAUACUUAUAGUGUAUGGAUUUUUUAAUGUUAAAAAUAUCAUAGGGGAAAAAUUACCAUAAUAAUUUCAUUAACUACAGAUGUAAGGUUUUAUUGAGGGACUGAUGAACUUUUCAUGAAUAUUGAAUUCAUAGGGCAACAAAAGAAGAGGUUUACAUGUAUUGAAAAGAAUAUUAUCAAUGAUGUUAUUGCAUUGUAUACCUAGGAAGCUGUCAUGCUAUAUUUUCUUACCAGUUGAGAGUGAAUUUCCUAUUGGUGCAAGUUAUUCUGUAUGAAGGAACGGAGUUUGUGAAGUCUGUGAAGGAUCUUGCACAUUUUCAGAUCUUUGUGUUGUGACAAAGCAUUUGUAAUUACCGUUUCUGUUUUUCUUAGUCACAUCUGUAGGUUAGUAUUUUUGUUGUCUCUUAACUAUAUCAUAAUUACAUUUGUAGUCUUUAAAUGAUGUUAGCAUUUGAAAAAUUACUCUGGGCAUGUUUUAUUUUUAUAUUUAUUAUUUUAUUUAGUUUACUUAUUUAUUGCUUGGAUAUCAACUUACAAACCACUGUUAUUUCAGUGCCACUAGUCCGUAAGACGCUAAAAAUUUAAAAGCAUUCUAAAUGAUAUUCAACAAUGACCAGGUUGAUCUUUUUUGUAGCACAGAUAUUGUAAGACAUAAGUGCUAUGUCUAAGGAUUAUAUUUAUUGGAGCAGAGCAGUGGUUCCCAAACUAUCGUACAUGACACUCUUUUACUUUAACUCUAGAACUGUAACGCUGAAUUUAACUAACGUAGACAAUAAUGUGGGUCUGGCCGGACCCACUGUAGAAAAUAUUGAAAAAAAAUACAAAAAUCAUAUUUCUUGACCUCCAGAGGUACAAAUCUCUUAAAAUAGACAUUCCUGCAUACAAUCACAGUUUGUAAAUCAAAGUUUUUCUGCACUUAUUUUUUUGUGAGUAAAAAAAUAAAAAAAUGUACAAAAAUAGUAGGUAACGCAUAUAAUACAUAUACGAGACACCUUUGACACAAAAAUAAAUUCGAACUAAAAUUCCUCUUUCUUGGGUGGAUGGCCUUCAUGAAGAAUGAUGGCAAGUCCCUAUGCAUCAGAAAAAGUGAUAUGCCUGGAACAAAUGAAUAUGACCAAGUAUUCUAUCUCUAAUUUAGGAUAUCUUAUAUUUAUAAAGUCACAUGCAUACAUGUAACAUGUAUAUUUGCAUAAUAGUUUGUAUUUUGAAAGAAUAUCUAUAUUCAUGAAGAAAAUGCAUCACCAUAAACAUCAGUUUGCGUGUGGAAUGGCGAGGUGACAUGGAGAAGCCUAAAGGGCCGGCAAUAGGUGAUAUGCACUCUGUUAUCUUUUCUUCUACUGAGUCUUGGUUGUGUUUCUGUGGUGUCACAGUAACAUUCAUGAUGCGUCGAUGCCAAUUUUAACUUUUGGUACAUUGUCAUGGCAGUCAACAGGGAGGGAGGAGGCCUUAUAAGUAGGGAUUUUGGCAGUGGCUGUGGGUGUGGGCACUAUGGAUGUGAUUUGAACUUCGGUGGCAAUAUCUUCACUUUCACAAUAAAUUGGUUCAAUAGUGACACAUAAACUGAUGGUGUCCUCUGCUGAGAUCUGUGCGAUAACUUUUUGCUCAGUACAGUGUGACGCGUUAUCGUUUUUUUCUCGUGAUUUCCCUCUCUAUCUUAAACUAAAAAAAUAUAUAAUAGUUACAGAUAUGUAGAUGAUAACAACACUUUAAUGAAAGCUGAAUUGCCUACUAAACAUAUAAACUUGAAUUAGUGCCUCUAUGUCUCGUACUUGUAUGUACACAGCACUACAAUAAUAACUUUUCUAUAUGAAGUAAGAAUAUGAGCAAGAAUCACAUGGCUAGAAUUUGUGGGUCCAACCAGACCCACACUACCUCCUACCUCAUGUCAAGAGCGUGCACAGUGUAGAUGGCAUAAACCAUCAUCAAGCUCUGAGUGUCAAAUGGAUUCAACCAGAAGCACAACUCGCUUACAGCUACCACUUUGGAAAAAGAGGUCAAAUAUCAAAACUUAGAGACAGCGUGAGUCUGCCUGGACCCAGCGUUACAGUUCUAGGGUUAACAAAACCCUCAGGGCCCCCUUGAAGAUAUUUUGAUAACAUAAGUAGCUUCCAGUCAUAUGCUGCCAUAUAUCAUGUCUCAUUUCACAUACCACACAACCAUUGACCCUACCAGUCAUAUACCACCACAUACAUACCACAGUUGCAGUAUAUAUCAGUAGUAAUACACCACAGAGUCACUCAAUACAGCACAUAAAAAUUUGAUAUUAACCAUGAAACUGAAUCAAAAAGGAAUCUUUGUAAACUCUGCUAGAGAGUAAACAUCAUGCAUCUUGACAGUGAUAAAAAAGGACAUUAAGAAAUUCACUAAAUGAACAAUAAUUCAAGAUAAGAUAUAAGCUAAUGUAAAUCUGAGCAUACAUAGAUAAGUGAGAAUUGGUGGGUGGAAGAUAAGUAAACAAUACCACCAGUCACUAACAAUGAAUCUGCAGUAUCCAUGAGGCAGAACAGACUAAUGCAAAAAUAAAACUGAAUAGUGGUUUUA